UGAUGCCUUUAAAGAUCAAUUAACGUGCACGUGGUUUAUUGCCAUGAUAAGUUAAGCAUCAUUAGUAUCAGUUAAAGGGUGAUAAGCUGUCACAUAGUUGAACAGAGCAGGAAAUAGAGAUGGCUCAAAAUAAGAAGAUGACGUCGUUGCAUUGCUGGAUCUAUUUCCGUGGACGCAUGCGCAACGUUGCAUGCCAGUUGGUUGGUCGAAAGGCUUCAGCCUCCCCCAUUUGAAGGACUUAAGCAACCAGUCGAGAGAGACAUCGGUAAGAGGGUGGUGCAGUUGGCAGCAUAUAUCUCCUACGUACAGUACAACCUCCUACACACAGCUGUCAACGAUGGCUGACGACUUUGCCAUCUCCCUGGCACCAGAGUCGGAGAACGCUUCGUUCUCCAGUAGUGAAAUGGUGAGCGAUGUUGACAUUGACAUGCUGAUGGAGCUGUGGCACUGGCUGCAGCAGGCGGAGAGGAACAAGUCCCUACCGGGGGACAACUUUGACGAUUUCCCCAUAGAGGGUAGAAAAGACGUUGUUUACCCCACAGCUAAGGCAGCGCUUGGGGUGGUGUACUCUCUCAUUAUCAUGGUGUGCGGGGUUGGUAACACGCUUCUCCUACUGGUGCUCUUCAAGUACAAGAAGACACGAAACACGGCGAACUUGCUCAUUGCCAACCUUGCCUUGUCAGACCUGAUCGUCGCUGUCUGCUGCAUCCCGUUCGACAUGGACUACUACGUUGUGCGGCCUCGGGUCUGGGCGCACGGCGACGCCGCCUGCGCCAUCGUCAACUUCGUCAAGACCGUGUCGAUGUACGUGUCCACCAACGCGCUGCUCGUCAUCGCCUUAGACAGGUUUGUUUCGUUUAUUAGAUCUCAAUAA